AUGUCUGAAGUUAAUCCUGUUACAAACAAGACCACUGUCUCCAACAGUGAUUAUAUCUGGCGCUACGAGUAUUACGAUGAUGAGCCAGUUUCCUUUGAAGGACUGAAAGCACACAAGUACUCCAUUGUGAUCGGAUUUUGGGUGGGCCUGGCAGUCUUCGUCAUUUUUAUGUUUUUCGUGUUGACACUGCUGACAAAGACAGGAGCACCACAUCAAGAGAACGUGGACCUUCCUAGAAAACAACACAGAACAAAUAGCUUUGCUAUUAAUUAUAUCAUGUGCAAAUCAGACAAAGCCUUUUCCCACCCUGCAAAUGAAGAGUCCAGGUCUCUCUUUCAUUGCUAUGUUAAUGAGGUUGUACAAGUGGAAAGGAAACAAUUGGUAAGCAGUGUGUCUGCACCAGGGAACAGUAACCUUUCCACUCAAGAAAGAGGAGGGAGAAGUGACAACUCAGAUGAUCCUAUGACCGGCCUGAAUAAGUUCAACAUCCCAAACUUUGUGAGCUCAGAUCAAAGUUCCUCCCUGACUGAAGAUGAUCUACUGAUGUGCGAACAGCCAAUUAUUCAUGAAAGUAAGCCAGAUAGACUGCAGAAUAUACACUAA